AUGUGGAAAAACAUGGAGGCAGUUCAUGGCCUGGAGAUUCCAGAGGGGACCCAUUCUCACCAGGUCUCAAAGCACCUAGAGCGCACAGGGAUGGCAAUGGGAGCAGUAGGACUCAUGUUGGGGAUGCAAGGAGCCGUUCAUGCUUUUGAAGAGGGAGACAUUGAGCAUGGUACAAUAGCCACGUUACAGACUGUACAUGGAGUCACAGGAAUGACCUUGGCUGCACUUGGAAAACAAGUUCCUCAGGUUUUAGAGCGCAAGGUAAUGAGAGCCUUGGUAACAUUAAUCAAAAGCCCUGUGGUGAAACGUGCCCUGGUGGUUAUGCCAGUCAUAGGGAUUGGUUUUGGAAUUUACAAUAUUGUGGAAGACUUUAAGAGGAAAGAUGCACUGGGGUAUGUUGAUGCCACCUUCGAUAUUGCAAUAGUUGCCUUGGAUGUUCUUGAAAUCGUUCUACCAGUACUGGCGCCAUUUAUUGUGCCAAUCAACCUGGCACUAAAUACCAUACGAAUGAUCUUUGAUGAUGUAUAUCUUGAUAUUCAGACUGAACUCAAUAAUUUACCACCAAAUGCUACCGUUGUGGCAAAAAUAAGAGCAUUCUUUGUUGGCUUUGGGAAAGGACUGUUUCACUUUAUCCUUGAUGUGGCAAGCUUUUUUUAUACCUUUCCUUAUCGUGAGAUUGAGGAGGGACGAAGGAUUGUUGAACGAAUUUCAGACCCCCAAAAGUAUUAUUCUUUUACAGAGGUACAGGAUGGGAGAAAGGCCAUUGAUUUCACAGCUGGUGAGGAUUCUUGGAAUGGAGGGAGUAUCACUUUUUGUCUCUCAGACCAGGGACCAUCUGACUUCUGCAUGGAUUAUUUUGUAUCCGGUGACGAAAACAUGGGGAAAAAGUGUUGGACUAUUGAAACACAUGGAACUAAAGACAUUGUUCUAAGCAUUGGAGAAUCACAUGGAUUAACUUACAAAAACAUAGAUAUAAAAGUACUCCUAUUCAUAAAAGUCGGCUCUAGGUCUGUCGUUUCUGGUUAUGAGGCUUUGUCAGACACAAGAUUUGGAACAUAUUGGGGAAACAAUGAAGCAAAUAUUUUUUUUGCAGUUCAGAAGGCAGAUGACGACCAUAGCACUGAAGUCAUGUUGAGCUAUUAUUACAAGCUUUAUGGAAAAAAUGGUGAUGACGUGUUCUAUUUGGGACCUCAAAAAAGCUAUGUGGAGGGGUGUGGCGGCAAAGACACUUUCAUAAUUCCUGUCUAUGGAGGAAACACGAUUAUUAAUAACUAUGAUCCUUUAAAAUCAACAGAUGUCCUACUCCUCGGCGUUAACUACAGUCAGAUUUCUGUCAGUAAGUCAGGAAAUGAUAUUGUUUUAAGAUAUCUUGGUAACCAUAACAUUAGGAUUAUAAACUGGUUUUUGGGGGACGAAUAUCGCCACAUGAACAUGAUGUCAGAGGACGGAGUCCUGUUUGACAUCUCCACCACAGUGAUUUCCUCUGUCCAACUGAUUGCCAGAGGUAUCAAUAGGAUGUCUAAAACUCACGGCCAGACAGUGAAUGCAUCCGAACCACUUCUCCUUAGCGUUACUAAUAUCAUGGGGUCUCCUUACAAUGACAUACUAACAGGAAAUAGACAGAAGAAUCUGAUUGAUGGUGGAGGGGGUCAGGACCACGUGAGGGGAGAAGAAGGAGAGGACAUAUAUAUGGUUUAUGAGAAAAAACAGUCAAAGAUAUUAAUCGAAAAUCACUCCAAUGACAAUGAAACAGACCUACUGGUGAUAGAGGCAAACCUUCAUGAAUUCAAAGCUAAAGUGGAUGGAAACCAUCUCAAACUGAUCCCUUUUGCAGAUCAAAGCUCUGAUGUGACUUUAAUGAACUGGUUCCGUUCAGAAGCGGAUAGGCACUUGCUUGUUAUCACAAAGGAUCUGGUCACCUUCAGCAUCUCUGAGAACAAGGCUGCCUGUGCGCAGAUUGACUCCUUUAAGAGCAAAUGCCUCAUAAGUCAGAAUAUAGAUUACAGAAAGUCCACAGCUGCCCUACAUGUGGAUCUGCAGGAGGAUGAGGCUUUCCAAAGUGUCACAGAGGUGCGAGGCUCAGACUUCAAUGACAUCAUCAAAGGGAACGUACAACGCAACACAAUAGUACCAGGGCGAGGAACAGACUUUCUUCAGGGGCGAGGAGGGGAGGACUGGUAUGUUGUAACUCCAGGUCAAGGAUUGAAAACCAUUGAGAACCUCUCACCCGAUCUGGCUACUGAUGUACUUUUCCUGAAAGAAAAAUAUGAUUUCAUCAAUUGUAAAUGUGAUGGACCAGACAUUUAUCUCUCCAUAAAUGGCUCAGAGGAAGUCCUAUUGAAGGGCUGGUUUCACUCAAGGAACUCUCAACACCUCCAAAUCCAAUCAGCUGAUGGAAUAACAUUUAAACUGGAGUCCAAUGCCAGCAGUUGCGAUGGCUCCUUAAAGUUGCCUCAGUCUGUGGAUUUCCGAAAUAGGGUGACUGGAGAAAUCAUGAAGAUGAAUAACAUCGACUUUGCCUCAGUGGUGGAAAUGUAUGGCUCAUCUGGUUUCGACAUCAUGGAAGGAAACAACAAAAAUAACAUGCUGGAUCCCUUUACUGGAGGUGGUAGCAUGGCGGGAGGAGAUGGGGAAGACACCUACGUAGUGAAAACUGGAUAUGGAACCAACGUCAUGAUUGAAAACUUUGCAGAGGAUGAAAGAAUGGAUACUGUGUUGUUUGAGAUGGAUUUCCUCGGUGGUGGUCAUCUCACAGUUCAGUCUGACAAGCAUGAUGUACUUGUGAGCACAGGUACACAGGGACAUAAAAUUCAGGUCAGAGUGCUCAACUAUAAUUCAGGGCAACAACACCAACACCUUAGCUUCCAGAGCUCUGAUGGAGUGCAUUUUUGGGUGAGAUCUCCAGUUGGAAACAAAACUCGUGGCUUUCAAAAGCCUUGGAUUGAAGCUUACAAAGUGACAAUGAAAGGAAAACUGGGAGACUGCCGAAUAGAUCUGAGUUCUCAAUCAAAUUUAUCAUUUGUUCACACUGUGCAGGGUUGUCCCCAUGACUCUAAUUACAUGACAGGUAAUGAGCAGGAGAACGUACUCUUCGGUGGCAUCAAGGAUGAUGCACUGGAUGGAGGGGCAGGCCAUGACACCUUGCUGGGGGGUCAAGGCAAUGACAUCCUGAUUGGGAACAUAGGAGAUGACACUCUUUAUGGAGAGGAAGGGAAUGACACCAUGAUGGGUGGCUCAGGCUCUGAUACCUUCGUUCCCGGACCAGGGGCUGAUCUAGUGGACGGGGGCCCAGGGAGAGACACUGUGCUGUACCAGGGGGAUCAUGAGAAGGGUGAGGGCGUUUACGUCAACCUGCUGAGCGGAGAAUGCCGUCAGGCAGAUGCUGAGGGAGACGUGUUGAAGGAUGUUGAGAAUGUGAUUGGCACUAUCUACUCAGAUAUCUUGGUGUCUGGCUAUGAACCUGCCCUACUCAAAGGCUCUGAUGGCAACGACAUUCUAGUGUCUCUUGUGGGAGGAGAUUACUUGAUUGGAGGAGAAGGAAGUGACAUUUACAUGAUGGUUUCCCACCAUGGCUCAGUGAUCAUAGACAACUGUGCCGCAGAUAAUGCCACGGACAUUGUGUACCUGCGCUCUCUGUCUGAGAAGUCUGUUGACUGUUCACAUCUACUUGACGGAGUGUUUCUGACAUUUUAUGGACUAGGCGACACAACUGUUGACAUAGAGCUGCGAAACUGGGUCAACUUCAGCCAUGAGUGUGGCCAUCUUAUGCUGGUCCUCAAUGAAGGUGAAAUAUCUGUAGAUAAACUCAUGCAGGAGUGUGAGUCGAGACAUAACAUGCAAAAGGUCGUGGCAACUGUUACAUUAAUCCUUCUACUUCUCGUUUUACAUGGUAUUAUUUUGGUAAUAGCUUUGGUUCUUAGAAAGAGGAAGGGGGGACAGAGAGGGAAACGCAGUGAUAGAGCUGCAGAAAUGGGGAAAGACACAAUAGAAGUGCGAGAAGAGGACGCACCUCUACAGGGUUUAACUUCUCAGAAGUAG